AUGGGCGGAAACGAUUACAAUAUAGACGGUGGUGUGGAGUUUAGGGUUGACCACAGAUUCAAAAGCAGAGAGGCAGUAUUGCAAGGUGUGAAGAAUUACAACAUCUAUAGAAGUGUUGAGUACCGAGUCGUCGAGUCGUAUCGAUUAAAGUUGUAUCGUUUUUGGUCAAACAUAGAUAGAUAUGCAGCACCAAAUCAAAGACCAACAAUAUAUGACAUGCAUGAGAAAACGGUGGAUGAAAAAUAUUACUAUUCAUUUGAAUAUGUGCUUACUUCUCCAAAUUACUUAAGUGCCUCAUUUGCAACAAUUUCUAUAGGAAAUGGAAGGUACUGGCCGUUAAUUGUGGGAGCCAAUGAGAGACGAUGGAAAAUAUAUCGAGAUCAGCUCAAAGUGGUGGCGGAUUCUUUUCGGCUUCUUGACAUCUGAAAUGGCACUACACCAUUCACCACCUGUUCUAAUGUUUCUACUUUCUAUAGAUCAAGU